GUUCUCUCUGGGAUGAAAACAACAGAAGAUACUUAGGGAAAUGAGAGUUUCUAAAAGUGGGAGGGAAAAAUUGAACUCAGAAUAAGCAGGACAACGCUUUCACUCCUGGACUUUUGUAGAAAAAACAAAAACAAAAACAAAACCUAAGUGAAAUAGUUACGGGGACAAUCCACCAUUGUGGGAGGGAGUGGGGGAAGAAAAUGGGCAGCCUGUGGUUAAUUUUCCUCCUGCCCCUGUCCUUGGGAGCCAUUCAUGGGGUCAAAGGCUGUCUGGAGUGUGACCCCAAAUUCAUAGACGAUGUUAGGAACUUGCUGGCAAAUAUGGUACCCCUGGAUGUCCCUGGCCGAACUCAACUGCUUGAAAGGCACUUUAAACUAAUGAUUCGUCUAAGCUUUAAGGUGUCCCACAAGGACAAGAUGCUUCGUGUGUUAGCUGUUUCAAAGGUGGUCAAGUUGAGAACAUGGCUGAAGAAUGAAUUUUAUAGACUGGGCAAUGAAACGUGGAAAGGUGUCUUUAUCUUUCAAGGCAAGCUGCUUGAUAUCCGACAAAACCUGGAAUCCAAAAUGAAAGAAACACUAAAGGAGUUCUCCGAACUUGCUUGCUCUGAAGACUGCAUUGUGACUGAAGGUCCCAUCCUCGAUUGUUGGACCUGUCUGCGUAUCUCCAGUCAGUGCUUCAGAGGAGAAUACUGUGGAGAAGAUGAUCCAAAGAAGGCUGAGAACCGAGAGAUUAUUCUGUUUUUGACAUUCCUGACAGAAGUGGUAGUAUUGGCAAGUAUUGUACUCCUCUUCCAUAUCUGUAUAUCUCAUCGGAGGAAAAUGAAGACAAUACGAAGAACACUAAAGCAAUAUUUGGAGAAGAAACUUGAAGAAUUAGUGAGGAUGACAGAUGGGGAGAGAACAUUUUGGAAUGUAGCAAAUAAGUAGGCAGAACUUUUUCAUGA